AUUUCAAGAUGCACUUCAAGAUACUUUUGUUGGGCGAUUCUGGUGUGGGCAAGAGCAGUCUGCUGCAGCGUUUUAUGGGCGGACGAUUCACGGCCAAAUACCAUAGUUCCGUAGGAGUCGAGUUGGGAAUGCACUACAUUGAGGUGGCCGGGCAGGUUGUGCAGCUACUCAUAUGGGAUGCGUCCGGGGAGAAGCGUUUCCGACCACUGCUGCCCAGCUACUACCGUGAAGUGCAGGGCAUUAUGCUCGUCUAUGACACCACAAGUCCAUCCAGUUUCCACAGCUUGCAGUGCUGGCUGGAUGAGAUCGAAAGGUACAGCAAACGGGAUGUGUGCAUUGUCCUGGUGGGCAACAAGUGCGAGGAUCUGAAGAGACGCAAGAUAAGCCAAUUGCAGGGACUCACUUUUGCCGACAACAAGGGUCUCGCUUUCUGUGAGGCAUCUGCCCGGAGUGGUGUCAAUGUUGACCAAAUCUUUGCCACACUCUCGCUGAAGAUACAUGAGACCUACUACGCGCAAUACGCUGACAUGUAUAUUGUUCGCCUGAAGCCCACCGAGGAGGAGACCCCACGGCAGGAUGCUGCUAGUUUAUUUGUGGCUGAGAAUAGAUCCCGUUGCUGUUGGUAAAACAAAACCAAACAC